GGUCUGCCUGCGUCUGUUCCACGAAUUUUCGUUAUCAUCGUCGGAUUGAAGAAACGUUUUUAGUGACUCACCAGCAUAGUAACAAUUCGCUUGUCGUUAGUAUCUCGCGUUCGCAAGUGCAAAGAAAAUAGAAGCCCUAAUCGCGCGAGUGUGUGAUUCCUACAUUACCUGAAAAAAAUGGCCAACAAAGUCGAAGAAGUACGAACGUGCAUUGAUAAUUCGCUGAAGGAUGAUACCAAGCCGUGGACGAAGGCCUUCAAGCUGGCCGAGGAGAAAACCGGCGUCCCAAGGCUAUACAUUUUCCUGGGUGGUGUAGCCAUUGUGGUUCUCUAUCUGGCAUUCGGAUAUGCUGCACAGAUCCUGUGCAAUGCCAUCGGCGUUGCGUAUCCGGCCUAUAUCUCGAUGAAGGCGAUCGAAACCCGCACAAAGGAGGACGACACCAGAUGGCUCACGUACUGGGUCAUCUACGGUGUUCUGUCCGUGUUUGAGCAUGUCUCCUUCUUCCUGGUGCAGAUCAUCCCCUUCUACUGGCUGUUGAAGUGCGUCUUCUUCGUCUGGUGCAUGGUUCCAAUCGAGAACAACGGAUCGACCAUCAUGUACCAUAAGGUCAUCCUGCCAUACUUCAAGAAAUACGAAAAAAGCGCGGACAAUCUGAUCGGACAAGCCACCGACAAGAUCAAGCAGGUGGCCGGCGAUGUGAUCUCCAAGAAGCUGUCUUAAAACAAUCCACUCCGAUCUGCUCUCAAUAGGUUUUUCGUAGCAUGAUUCUUAUAAAUUUAAGAUUUUUCCCUAUAGUAUAGAGACUACCUGCCAAUUUUCUUCUUCUGUUCGAAAUUUCAUUCAUUUCUACUGUCGGGCCGAAUUAUAGGGACAUCACAUGCGCAGCUUAGCUAGCUGCUUACUAUUCAAUCCAAAUUAGGCAUUUUCCCCUUGUUGCCCAAGUCAGCAAAAUACUUGCAUCAUUGCGCAUUGAUUGUACAAUAUGUUUAUAUAUUCGUUAGGGAAUUAUAAGAUUGGUACCGGAAAAAAAUAGAACGUGACAAAUACUAAAAGGGAUGGUAGGAAUAUUAGUUUACUGGUUAGCAGCAACAACAAUCUUUGAAGUAACAGCUAUCCAGCAGAAGCAUCAGUGCACACUUGCCUUAACCGUCUACUAGUACAUGGUUCGAACACUGUCAUGGAACCUAUUUA